GGGGAGGGGACGGGAGGAGCCAAGGGGCCUAGAGGGCUCCGCGAAGACCGGGAGGCUGGCGGCGGGCGGGAGAGGCGGCGGGUUCCGAGUGGUCCGAGAAGUUCCAUUCUCUGAACUGCCCCAGGAGACCGCCUAGCGGGCGGACAAACGGACGGGCGGGAGGGCCAGCAUGCCCCCACUGUUGCACCCCGCCCUGCCGCUGAUCCUGGCCGCCACGCUGACCUUCCGGGCGCUGCGACGAGCGCUCUGUCGCCUGCCUCUGCCCUCGCACGUGCAAGCCGACCCCCUGCGCACCUGGCGCUGGCAUAACCUGCUCGUCUCCUUCGCCCAUUCCAUUGUGUCAGGGAUCUGGGCGCUGCUGUGUAUAUGGCAGACCCCCGAAAUGUUGGUGGAGAUUGAAAAUGCGUGGUCGCUUUCUGGCUAUCUGCUCGUUUGCUUCUCUGCAGGCUACUUCAUUCACGAUACAGUGGACAUCGUGGUUAGUCACCAGGCGCAGGCUUCUUGGGAAUACCUGGUCCAUCAUGUCAUGGCCAUGGGUGCCUUCUUUGCAGGAAUCUUUUGGAGCCGCUUUGUUGGUGGUGGUGUCUUAACACUGCUGGUGGAGGUCAGCAACAUCUUCCUCACUAUCCGCAUGAUGAUGAAGAUCAACAAUGCCCAGGACCAUCUCUUUUAUCGAGUCAACAAGUAUGUCAACUUGGUCAUGUACUUUCUCUUCCGCCUGGCUCCUCAGGCAUAUCUUACCAAAUUCUUCAUGCGUUAUGUUGGCCAGAGGACACUGGGUACCUUUCUGCUGAGUAUCCUGCUAAUGCUGGAUGUCAUGAUCCUCAUCUACUUUUCCCGCCUCCUCCGCUCUGACUUCUGCCCUCAAUUUGUCCCCAAACGGCAACACAAAGACAAGUUCUUAACUGAAUGAGGCACAGAAACCAGGACUGGACGUGUGGCAAGGACAGCAGAGCCCACUCUCUACAUAAGCCAAGCUUGGGACCUGCCUUCCACCUUUCAAAGCCUGCACCCAUUAUUGAAAACACUAAUUAAUGAAAGAACGCCUCUGAAGUCCUUGUCCUUUCUUGGGCAAGGGGUGAGGGAAGCAGACAGACCGGUUGUAUAGAUGGGUGUGGGGACCAGGUCUACUUAAAACCAGCCAACCCACACAGCCUGAAAUGGAUGCUAAUGAAAACUUGGUAUUGGUGCCAUGUGAUGCACACUUUGCUUCCAGAAAGUGAGGGCCCCCCAAACACCAGUGGGGGGGAGCAACUUGAGUAUUGCCUGGGAUAAAGGUCCUAACAGCCUAAGGCCGGAGCAAUAGUACAGCAGAUAGGGCAUUAAUUGCUUUGCAAGUGAUGAGCCCAGGUUCAAUCCCCAGUGUCCCAAUAGAGUAUCUGGUAAAGCACAAAGCACUGCCAGGUGUCCCCACCCUGCCUCCCCACAAAGGAACAAGCUCCUACCCUCAGGAAUU